AUGAAACCUCAAAUUUCUGUGUUUAUCAUCUUAGUUUUACUAGGUUUAACUCAAUGUUAUGAUAAAAAUUAUUGCUUAAAUGAAGGUUUGUAGAAUAAUGACUGCGGCUGGUACAUUAACUGCCUAGAAGACGCAUACAAUUGUGGACCUAAAGGCUAUCCAGUUGGAUAUGGCUACAAAUAUUGUUCAAAAUUUGUUGAAAAAUUUAACAAAUUCUCUCCAGCUGGUUAGAAAUGGAUAGAUGGCACUUUAACUUGUUUAAAAUAAUCCUUGAAAGAUGCUCUUAUUCAUUCUGAUGAUAUGACAUGCGCUGAUGUCAAUAAAAUUGCUUUUAACUCUCACCCAAAAUGCUAUGUUUAAAAUGGAUUCUGUGAACUUUUCACAAAAUAAGACAUUCAUGAAAUUUAUGAAACUCUAUUAGCAUUGUUAUAAGUUUAUCAAGUAAAGGAUUUCCUAUCCAUUCAAUCAAUCAAGCAAGUCAUUACCGUUGCUUUUGACUGCCUCUAAAAAAAAAUUUGA